AUGGUCGAAUUAAAGUCGGAUUCAACCUCUCUUGGUCCACUUGGAAUUAUCGUGGCAACAUGGCUUCUUUCCGCAAGCUUUAUCCUCACAACAGAUUCAUUUUCUAGAACACUCGUAAAUAACAAUAUCAAGGAGGCCAAGUGGCUCCUCUAUGCCGUCAAUCUGGCAGUCCUCGUUAACGAAAUCAUUAUGCUACCCCAAGUAAUCGCCAGUUCAAAUUGUUCGAAUGCAAGGGAAAGUCCAGACUGUCGUGCGAACGCUGUUAGUUUUACAAGGUGUUCUGAUUACACCUCCGUACGUUUAUUUUACUCAGUGGAUGCAAUUAAAUACGCCGCAUAUAUUAUUGCUAAAACGGGUGUUCUACAUCUUUCGUAUCAACGAUGUACUGUAAAUCAGUUUAUGAGCCAGUUCGAAGAUUAUCAUGCUGCUAAGUGUCUGGGAUCGUAUUGUCACCCAGAGUGUUCAUUCAUACCUACUUCUUCGACUAUACGAGAAAUGGUGCUGCCCUUUUUUCGCGUUUAUUACAUUAUUCUCGAGGUUCUAUUUUACAGAGAACUUCUUCAUAUUGUAAAAUACACCAAAAGAGGACAAAAUUACCGAGACCUCAUUCAUCAGAUAGUUCUCUUUUCUAUCGAUAUAUUCCAACUUAUAGCUACGUGUAUUUAUCGACUAAUUGGAUUUAGGUAUAAUCUACCUACUCACUUUUAUUUCGAGCUGUACAGCACGGCAUUUACUAUUUUUGUAAUGACCAGAUUUUGGGAUAAAAUAAAAGGGAUCUUUGAUAGACAGUUCAGCGAAAAAGCAGAACCCUGA